AUUGUUUUUCUUUCCCAGCUGUCAAUAGCAGAGUGCCUACCGGCUCCAAUUCCUCACAUGUUAUGGAUUCGGCUAUACCUGAAUCCUGUUCGCAAACGCUCAGUGUGACUUCUCAGUCUGUGCUUCCCACAUACCCUUCUGUUGACAUUGAUGCCCAUACGGAGAGUAAUCAUGAUACUGCGCUGACACUUGCAUGUGCUGGUGGGCAUGAAGAACUUGUCUCUGUGUUGAUAGCACGAGGUGCCAGUAUAGAACACAGAGACAAAAAGGGGUUUACACCACUAAUUUUAGCUGCAACUGCUGGACAUGUUGGUGUUGUAGAGAUACUUCUAGAUAAAGGUGGAGAUAUAGAAGCCCAGUCGGAGCGUACUAAGGACACACCACUUUCAUUAGCAUGCUCUGGUGGCCGUCAAGAGGUGGUAGACCUUCUGCUAGCACGAGGAGCAAACAAAGAACACAGAAAUGUGUCUGAUUAUACUCCUCUAAGUCUUGCUGCAUCUGGUGGAUAUGUUAACAUUAUUAAGAUCCUACUCAAUGCUGGAGCAGAAAUUAAUUCAAGGACUGGGAGUAAGUUAGGCAUUUCUCCUCUGAUGCUGGCAGCUAUGAAUGGUCAUGUUCCUGCAGUGAAACUAUUGCUUGAUAUGGGUUCUGAUAUUAAUGCCCAGAUUGAAACCAAUCGGAAUACCGCACUUACUUUAGCCUGCUUCCAGGGCAGAGCAGAGGUAGUUAGUCUGCUUUUGGACAGAAAAGCCAAUGUUGAACAUAGGGCAAAGACUGGACUCACUCCUCUCAUGGAAGCUGCAUCAGGAGGUUAUGCAGAAGUUGGAAGAGUUCUCCUUGAUAAAGGAGCAGAUGUCAAUGCUCCUCCUGUGCCUUCUUCAAGAGACACUGCUUUAACUAUUGCUGCAGAUAAAGGCCACUACAAGUUUUGUGAGCUCCUGAUUAAUCGGGGAGCGCAUAUUGAUGUUCGCAACAAGAAAGGAAACACACCACUCUGGUUGGCAGCAAAUGGCGGUCACCUUGAUGUAGUGCAGCUACUAGUGCAGGCAGGAGCUGAUGUGGAUGCUGCAGAUAAUCGGAAAAUCACGCCCCUUAUGUCUGCAUUUCGCAAGGGUCAUGUGAGAGUAGUACAAUUUUUGGUGAAAGAAGUUAACCAGUUUCCUUCAGAUAUUGAAUGCAUGAGGUACAUAGCAACUAUAGCAGACAAGGAAUUGUUGAAAAAGUGUCACCAGUGUGUUGAAACCAUUGUGAAGGCUAAGGACCAGCAAGCUGCUGAAGCAAACAAGAAUGCAAGCAUCCUGUUGAAAGAGCUAGAUUUGGAAAAGUCGAGAGAAGAGAGUAGAAAGCAGGCUCUUGCAGCAAAAAGAGAGAAGAGGAAGGAGAAGAGGAAGAAGAAGAAAGAAGAACAGAAACGAAAACAAGAGGAAGAUGAGGAACACAAACCAAAGGAAACGCUAGAACUUCAAGAAGAUGAAGAGGAAAAUGAUGAUGAUGAUGAUGUUGAUUCAGAAAUUCCUUUAGAGCCUCCAAGUGCAACUACUACAACUACUAUUGGAAUAUCUGCAACUUCAGCUACUUUUACAAAUGCUUUUGGCAAGAAGAGGGCCAAUGUGAUAACAACUCCCAGCACAAAUAGAAAAAAUAAGAAGAAUAAAACUAAGGACACUCCUCAAAAUGUCCAGAUAAUUUUGCCAGAUCAGCAUAUAACUCUAGCACAGCAAAAAGCAGAUAAAAACAAGAUCAAUGGUGAGCCAAGAGGUGGUAGUGCUGGUGGGAAUAGUGAUUCUGACAACUUAGACAGCACGGAUUGCAAUAGUGAAAGUAGCAGUGGUGGCAAAAGCCAAGAACUGAACUUCACUAUGGACACACACUCUUCAGGUGAUAGGCGAUAUGCCUCAGUACUGCUCCCUUCUCAGGAAGAUAAGACUAACUCCUCAGUUUCCAAAGUGCAAACCAGAGUUGAAGGAGACGCUAAUUCAAGCCUAACAACAAAUUAUAAAUCUGUAUCCUUGCCUCUGACAUCUCCAAAUAUAAAGUUGAAUCUGACUAGUCCAAAAAGAGGCCAAAAGAGAGAAGAAGGAUGGAAAGAAGUAGUGAGAAGGCAAGUGGGCAGAGUUUUGAAAGACACAUCUCCUAGCAACACUCUACAGUCAACACCAGUUGAGCAAUUUCAGUUGCAAAGAGGAGGACGCUGUUGUUCAGGAGCAAAAAGGUCAAAAAAGCUGUCUGUUCCAGCAUCAGUUGUAUCUCGAAUAAUGGGAAGAGGUGGGUGCAAUAUCACAGCAAUUCAGGAUGUCACGGGUGCUCACAUUGACGUGGACAAGCAAAAAGAUAAAAAUGGAGAGAGAAUGAUCACCAUAAGGGGUGGAACAGAAUCAACAAGAUAUGCAGUACAACUUAUUAAUGCCCUUAUUCAAGAUCCUGCUAAGGAACUGGAAGAUUUAAUUCCUAAAACUCAUAUAAGAACACCUGUUUCCAGCACUAAAUCAAUCCAUACCAAUUUUUCAUCUGGCGUCAGUGCUGCUUCAGCUUCAAACAAAAACUCAUUUUCUCUUGGAGCUUCAUCUCUUGUCACCUCUCAGUCAUCAACACUAUCUACUUUCCAGUCUGCUAACAAAUUAAGCAAAAGUGUCCCAGCAAAUGUGCGCUCAUCUUUUCCAGUCUCUCUACCUUUAGCUUAUUCCCAUCCUCACUUUGCUUUAUUGGCUGCUCAAACUAUGCAACAAAUUCGACACCCUCGUUUACCUAUGGCUCAGUUUGGAGGAACAUUUUCAACCUCUCCAAAUACUUGGGGACCAUUCCCAGUGAGGCCAGUUAAUCCAGGCAGCACAAAUAGCUCUCCAAAGCAUAACAGUUCAAAUCGCAUAGGUAACCAGAAUGGUAGUAUUUUACAGUCUGAAACUACAGGUUUAGCUUCUAGCAGUCCUGGUAGUGUCUCUUCAGCAGUUCCAUCCUCUCAGCCACUUUGUAUGACAAAUAAUCGGACUCCAUCAUCAGUCAGGAAGCAGCUGUUUGCUUGCAUUCCUAAAACAAGUACCAUGACAACAGCAAUCUCAACUGUGACAACAACAUGUAGCACACUGCCUUCACCUUCUCCUGCACAUGAAAAUACCGGGCAUGUUCCCACUACAUUUCUACUCUCUAAUGUUCCACAGGCACAGCAAUCUGCACUUAAAACAGAUGCUAUUCCUCCUGUCUCAGUACCCAAAGAAAAGGCAUCAGCGCCAGAACAAUCUGUUAGCAUUGCAUGUGUGCCGUCAUCAGUUGCUGCUAGCAGCAGUAUCACAUCUUGCAGCAGUUCAGGAGUCCUAGACUCAUGCACAUCCAGCAGUCCUGCACCUCCAGAUAAUGUCCCGAAUGAAACACUGCCAGCUAAUAUGUCUGACUUAAGUCCUCCUAUAGCUAUGCCUUUUUCUUCAAGUUCAGAAUCCACUCCAUUAAGUUUAUCAUCGCCUAGAUCGGUUGCUUCGGAAAAUCAGGACAAUGGUAACUUACCUCAGUUAGCUGUACCAGCACCACGUGUUUCUCACAGAAUGCAGCCUAGAGGUUCUUUUUAUUCAAUGGUACCAAAUGCAAAUCUCCAUCAAGAAACCCAAUCUGUUUUUGUUACAAAUGCCGUACCGUUAACACCUUCUCAAGGUCCAUCUACUACCGUUCACUUGUCGUCACCCAUGAACAUUAUGAAUGCUUCUCAGAUGCAUAUUAAUCCAGCAAACAAAUCCUUGCCUCCUACCUUUGGGCCAGCAACGCUCUUUAAUCACUUUAGCAGUCUUUUUGAUAGUAACCAGAUGCCGGCUAACCAAGGAUGGGGAGACUGCUCACUGUCGACACGAGCAGCGGCAGAUCAAUCUUUCACUGUCCAAUCUACUUUCUUGAGUAACUCUGUAUUGGGGCACAUGGAAAGUGUACAUCCUGAUAACUCAAAGGCUCCAGGAUUCCGGCCUCCUUCUCAGAGAGUUUCCACAAGUCCUGUAGAUCCAUCCAGCAACUCCUCAAAUUCCUCUUCAGCACCUAUGGCAGGUUUUUCUGCAAACAUUCAAGGAGCACGAGUUUAUCUUCAAGGACCUGUUGGGACUCCCAGUUUUAACAGGCAACAUUUUUCUCCCCAUCCUUGGACAAGCGCUACAAAUUCAUGUGAAUCACCUAUUCCAUCAGUUUCCUCGGGAUCAUCUUCUCCUCUUUCAGCUGCAUCUGCACCUUCUAAUCUGGGGCAGCCAAAAUCAGGGAGCACAAGUCAAGAUCGGAAGGUGCCACCACCUAUUGGAACAGAACGACUUGCUAGAAUCAGGCAAGGAGGUUCUGUCACUCCUACCCCCUUGGGAAGCAACUUCACAGCUCCUGUAGGACACAGUGGGAUCUGGUCAUUUGGCGUUAACAAUGUUUCAGAAGGCCUGUCCAGUUGGUCCCAGCCUGUAAUGGGAAAUCAUGCAGUACAUCAGCAACUCUCUGAUCCAGGCACUUUUUCCCAGCAUCAACCAAUGGAGAGAGACGAUUCUGGAAUAGUGGCUCCCUCCAAUAUUUUCCAGCAGCCUAUGCCAAACAGUUUUGUGGAUUUCUCUAAAGGCCUACCAAUUUCCAUGUAUGGAGGCACUAUAAUACCCUCUCAUCCUCAGCUUGCUGAUGGACCAGGUGGUCCUCUUUUCAAUGGACUCCAUACUCCAGAUCCAGCAUGGAAUCCCAUGAUAAAGGUUGUUCAAAAUUCAACAGAAUGUACCGAUGCUCAGCAGAUUUGGCCUGGUACCUGGGCACCUCACAUUGGAAACGUCCACCUCAAAUAUGUCAACUAAUCUAGGAG